AUGUUCAUUGCUGGAUCCGAGACAUCAUCAACUACUCUAGAGUGGGCAAUGGCAGAAUUGAUGAAGAAACCAAAGGAGGUGAUGGUGAAGGCUCAAGCUGAAACAGAGAGAUUUGUGGAUAAUCCAAUUAAUUUCAAAGGAACAAACUUUGAUUAUAUACCAUUUGGUGCUGGAAGAAGAAUGUGUCCUGGAAUUAACUUAGCUAUGCCCAACAUUGAGCUUCCACUUGCCAAUUUUGCUGUAUCAUUUUGA